AACCACUAUAUUAGUAGGCCUCAUGAACAACAUGCCCUAACCCUAGCUUUCUCUCUACGAAGUCACCCGUUCUGUUCCGACCCACUGGUUUAAAACCGAUUUGCCUCAAGCUUUCGCAAUCUCACACUCGCUCUGAUCUCAAAGAGCUUAAACUCCAUGGGUUCCAGGAAGUCCGACAAUCCACAUUUCGGCGAUGGUGCCAGUCCAGGGAAAAUAUUCAUCGGAGGAUUAGCCAAAGAUGCUACUUUAGAUCAAUUCACGAAAUACUUUGGGAAGUAUGGAGAGAUAACUGAUUCGGUUAUAAUGAAAGAUCGGCACACGGGUCGACCCAGGGGAUUUGGGUUUAUCACCUAUGCUGAUCCGUCUGUUGUCGACACUGUCAUUGCUGAAACCCAUAUCAUCAAUGACAAGCAGGUUGAGAUCAAAAGAACAAUUCCAAAAGGUUCUUCCGAUUCCAGGGAUUUCAAAACGAAGAAGAUUUUUGUUGGUGGGAUACCAACUGCUGUUACAGAAGAGGAGUUCAAGAAUUUCUUCUCAAAUUAUGGGAAGGUAGUGGAACAUGAGAUCAUACGAGAUCACGUGACUAAACGCUCCCGGGGCUUUGGAUUUGUUGUAUUUGACAAUGAACAAGUUGUUGAUAAUGUCUUAAGCAAUGGAAAUAUGAUUGAUAUGUCAGGCUCACAGGUUGAGAUCAAGAAGGCAGAACCAAAGAAAUCCUCAAACCCAGCACCUGCUCCUGCAUAUGGUAGUGAUUAUAGGGGCCGCGGAUAUGGUGAUGUACCUGAUGGUUUUGGUGGAUUUGGCAACUCUUAUAGUGGUUUCGGCAGUGGCAGUUUUGGCCCUGCUUCUUAUAGGACGCUUGGAGGGCUUGGUGGUAGGCUUGGUGAUUAUGGUGGUUAUGGUGGAGGUAGUGAAUUUGGUGGGCGUUAUGGUGACUUUGGUGGUAGUGAUUACAUGGGUUAUCGGGGAGAGCCUUCACUUGGCCAUUCUAGUCGCUUUGGUUCCUACGCGGGAGGGUUUGGUGGGGGAUAUGGUGGGAGUGGAUUAGGUGGAUAUGGCCGUGGAGGUGCAGGAGGCUAUGGCAGUUAUGGUGGAUCAGGAUCUAGUUCUGGUUAUGAUUCUGCACCCGGUGCUGGCUAUGGUGGAGCAGGGGGGCUGUAUGGAAGUAGGGCAGGCUAUAGUGGCGGUAGUCGAUUCCAUCCUUACGCGAGGUAGACAUUGCUAAGCUUUUCCUGUAGGGAGUGCACACAGGUGUCUUGAUUUUCUCGGUGUAUUGCAACUUCUGGUUUGGAGUUCAGUAGACACUUAAAGCGCUUACUACAAGUGGGCACCACUGUCUAGAAGAUCAGAAGAGCCUUUAGUUUGUUUCUGUUGCUGUAUGAAUUAGACAGCCGGAUCUAGAUCAUCAAUCUAGUUAUAUAUGCCUAUGAUUGUCUGUACUAGUUAGACAUAUUUUGUCCUGGAAUUUUAAUUACUUUUUGAGGGCAUUUAUUGUAGAUGCUUGUUGACUCGGGUUUUUCUUCUAUAUCUAGAUUGCCCGGUUACUUUCCCAUUGGCUAGACUGCUAUAUGUUUAUGGGUUCUAGUUACAAUA